AUGCCUAAUCUCUUCCGAGGUCGUUACAUCCGCAUCUUGGAGCGGAAACCUGUGGAAGAUGAAGUAAGGCUCCGGUUGUCCUCCGUGGAGUGUGGGAGGUCGGGGCUGGGGGAUUGGGAUGCGGGGCGGGAGGAGCUGAGGGAAGUGGCGGGGCGGGGGGCGAAGCGUCCGAGGGGGCGGGGGUCGCGAAGUCCGGACGGCGCCGAGACUCACUCUUCUAGGUUAAUCAACGAGCUCAAGGAGCGAGGGGACCAGCUGGGGGUGGCGGAGAAGGUGUCCUGGCACGCCGAGUACAAGGACAGCAGCGCCUGGAUCUUCUUGGGUGAGUUCUGCUGCCGUGCGCCUCGGUGUCUUUUUUUGUUAAAUAGAUAUGGUGAGAUUGUUAACAUAAGUCUGGUACACAAUAAGAAGACUGGGAAAUCCAAGGGAUUCUGUUUCCUUUGCUAUGAAGACCACCGGAGCACAAUUCUGGCUGUUGACAAUUUUAAUGGCAUCAAGAUCAAAGGACGGACUAUACGAAUGGAUCAUGUGUCUAACUAUAGGGCUCCUAAGGACUCAGAUGAAUUGGAUGAUGUGACCAGAUUGCUUCAGGAGAAGGGUUGUGGGGCACACAAGCCUCCAAAAUUUUCAGAUGAGGACUCUGAGGAUGACAAGCCCACAAAAAAACGCAAAAAAGACAAAAAGGAAAAAAAGUAA